UAAGCAUCAUCACUUACCUUAAUUUGUUACAUCAAGCGAGUAAAAUCUCCUGAUUAAAUUGCGUAAAAACAUAGAACUAUGGCUUCUCAGACCAAAGUGGUGAUGCUUCUUAUUCUUGCCACAGCAGGAGCAGCUUUGGCUGUGGAGUACCCAAUAUCAGAGGCUGAUCCUGACAUUGUGGAAGAUCAGGAACUAAUACGUGCAUUUUCUGACAAAUGCCCAAUUGGAUGGUCCUACUAUUCCGGUCGCUGCUACUUGUACAACGGCAACAAUCUGGAUUGGGCUUCUGCAGAGAAAUUCUGUCAGGAUUUUGAUGCACACUUGGUCUCAAUACACAGUGAGAAUGAAUAUCAGCAGAUAAAGGCUCUUAUCCGUAGUUUUGACCCCACGGAGGCUCUAACAUACAUCGGCCUCAGUGACUGUCAGAAGGCUUUUCAAUUCUUUUGGUCUGAUGGCACCAAAUUGACUUUCACCAAGUGGAGACAAGGACAACCAGAUAAUUAUGAAAACAGAGAGCGCUGUGUGCAUAUAAAUGCUGGUGCCUCUAAAAACUGGAAUGAUAUUAAUUGUGAGAACCGCUAUGCCUCUGUGUGUGCCAAGGAAAGUUACUGAAAUGCUUCCUACUGCAUCUCACCAAACAUCACUGAUGAAUUUAUAAAAUGAUUCUGUGGCAGACUUCCAUAACUUCAGCAAUAAAAAAAUCUAAAAAAAAAAUUA